AUGACGGGAACAGAAGCCACGGAGAAGCCCCACGGCAAAGAGGCGGGGAUGAAGGACAGCAAGUCCGGAAGCGACACCAAGGCCAAGGAUCACCAUCCCUCGCCCGCUGAUGAUGUGCAAAAGGCGCCUAAAAAGCGCCGCAAGCCUGCCUUUACUGUCGCCGAUCUAUGCAUAAAGCGAAAUAUCGGUCACCUCUGCCACGAUGAGCCUCGCGAUACUGAGUCACGCAAGGCUAAGAGCGCGCUUGCGACUUCGACCGUACAUGACUCCGAAUCCCAGUCGGAUAUCGGGCGCAACGCUAUGGACAAAACCAUGAGACCACCCGGAUUUGAUGGCGGUAUGGGCAAUGGACAUGUCCAGGUAGCAAACGCAGCAGCCGUGGGCCGGGGCGCUCCUCUCCAGCUCGUGCAACCAGGCUCUGUUGCUGGAAUACAAGCCAAUGCCCUAGGUGGCAGCAUGAAUCAAUUUGCCGGCCUUCCAGAUUCUUGGUUAACCUCUCAAAACCACUAUCACGACAUGCACAACUUCCAUCCAAACUACAUGGUGGCACCGGAAGUUACCAAUGAGUUCAAUCUACUGAAUGAAUUCCUGACCGCUGGCUUGCUUGAAGAGUCGGCCUUCAUGUCCGAGGAUCAGGGCCUAAUAUUGGGAGCAAACCAGUCUGCUGCGGUGUCGGGGUUGUCUAAUGCCAAUCACAACACCAACAACGCCAAUAGUAACAACAAGGGAAGCAGCAGCAGCAAUACCGGCAUGCUCCCCCCAAGGAAGCCGGCGAGUACAAACUUGGAAAAUGCCCGGGAAGCAUACUAUCUGCAAGCGGCAGAUCCAUCCGGAAACGACACACCGGAGGAGCGCAUGCAGCGUUUACUAAGAGCCAAGUAUGAGGCCGGACUCCUAAAACCAUUCAACUACAUCCUUGGCUAUAAGAGGCUUUCGGAUUACCUGGAUGGACACGUGUCGCCAACAUCAAAGCAGAAGAUUCUUAAGCAGAUCGAUCGCUUUCGACCCAAAUUCCGCGAGAAGAUUCAAAUCCUGACCGAUAUGGACCUGGUGAUGGUGGAGAUGUGGUUCGAGAGGACGCUUUUGGAGUACGACCGAGUUUUCGCCAGUAUGGCCGUUCCGGCCUGUUGCUGGAGACGAACCGGACAGAUUUUCAGAGGAAACAAAGAGAUGGCGGAACUCAUAGGCGUGCCGGUAGAGAGUUUACGAGGGGGUCAAAUCGCUCUGCAUGAGAUCCUGACGGAAGAGUCCAACGUUAGAUACUGGGAAGAGUUUGGCACAAUCGCCUUCGACUCGGCUCACGAUACUCUUAUCACAGCGUGUUCACUCAAGAACCCCAACGACGACAAAACGACCAAGGUCGUGAACUGCUGCUUUUCUUUCAGGAUUCGCAGGGACGAUCACAAGAUUCCCAGCUUGAUUGUGGGCAACUUCUUGCCACAUGAUCCAUGA